AUGAAGAAUGAGGUGCGGUCUUUUAAAAGACCCAUCAACGAAGAUUGUUCGGUGGGAGCAUCUUUAAUGGACGUAGCGACUGGUCGGAUGAUUCCGAUCAACCAGGACUCAGAAGUACGUUUAACUAAUAUUGGUACUAUCUUAUUAGUCGUAUGGCUAUUAUACAAUAAACAUGGUAUAGAAGUUCAUACUGAAGAAGAAAUUUUUGAAAAGAACAUAAAAGACCUUCAUGAAGUAUUAUUGAAUUUAAAAGUUGACCAUACAGUAUUCCGUGAUAAAGCUAAAACUGAAUUAGUUGAAUUGCAAAAUAUGAUAAACGAUAGCAUGAAAAUUAAAAGUAUACAAACUAAAAAAAAAAAUGAUGUAAUUCAAAAAAUGACCAACGAAAUUCCUACACUAAAGGCGAAAUUAGAGAAUGAAUUAUAUGAUGUGGGUGCACCUGAAUUAUUGAAACAAAAAAUCCAUUCUCAGUUCGAAAAUGAACUUCAAUGUUCAAUUUGCAGUAAAUUAUUGUGCAAGGCUACGGUUCUAAAUUGCGACCAUACCUUUUGUGAAAUGUGUAUUAUGAAAAGGAUGCAGAAAUUUAAAUCAUGUCCUGUUUGUAAAGCUAAAUUUAAAUUCACUUCCAAAUGUAUAACUUUGGACAAUUAUAUUAUCAUGAAUCAGAAUAUUACUGGUGGUGCUAAAAGAUCUGCUAAAGAUGUGCUUCCUUCAAUACCACCUGCCGUGGAAGUUAAGAAGAGACGACGACGACAAUGAACAUGGUACAAUAUAUGGUCAAAUAGGCUACUUACAUUUAACACAUGCUUACCUUACAAGAAAAGAACCAACUCCAGUAUGUGAAACUUGCAAUGAUGUUAAAUUGCACCAAAUAUACGGAAGCCCACAAGAUCCUCAAAAACCCCAUCACACUUCAUCAAGCGUUCAAUAAAGACAAUACGGAUAUAAACAAUUCAUUUUUCAAUUGUAUAAACAUAAGUCAUA